AUGAAGUUUCGACACAGCCUCAGGUUCUCCAGCGCCAGGCCAGACACCUCAUUCACCUGGCUCCGCAUCCUCUUGUGCGGCGUCAACUUCGUCAAAUGGUCCAGCGCCUGCAUCGUCAUGGCCAUCGUCUCGUACUUCAUCCACGACUACUCGCGCAACGAGCACACAACGUACCAAGAAGUCAUUGCCUGCACCAGCAUUGCCUUCUUCCUGCCCACCAUGCCCCUGGCUUUCCACCGCCGCCUCACCAUGCACCUGAUCCCGCUGGACUACAUCUACUCGCACCUCUGGGUGACGGCCUUCAUCUUCGCGGCCCAGGACUACAACUGGAAGGACUGCGCGAGGAACUCGCCACCGGGCCUUCGCACAUGUACUCUGAAGUACGCUCUGGAGUCGUGGUGCAUCAUCGCUGUCUCCUUUUGCGUGUUCGCGACCAUUCUGCAAGUCCUGGUCCACAAGCGGGAACGUGGACUCUUCUACAAUUUACCGCCGCCGCUCUUGGAGAAGGGUCAUCAGUCUUCUCCCCAGGAGGACAGGAUCACGAACGGCGCAGAGGAACAGAAUGGUAACACCACAAUGACAACAACGGCAGCUGACCAAGUGUGA